AUGCAACUCAUUGUUGUCCGUUCCAAGUCGCAGGCUGCUGCCUCCUAUAACCAAACACAAGCAUGUCUCAAAGGUGAACUGACCACAGGUGAUCCGGUGUACGCCGUUCCGGUACCCACCGUAGUUCCACUUCCUCUAUCGACUACUGAAACGAAGACUUUUGAACCGAACCAUGUUGCCUGUGGUCGAGCUCAUUCAGUGAUUGGAUUUCGUUCCUCCGCUUCCUCCACUGAACCCCCAGUUGUAUUUGGCCUAGGGAACAACGUGUUUGGGCAGUGUGGCCGACAGAUAGUGGAGAACGAAGUGUUUGGCCCGGAAAGCUCUGUCAUUUCUCGGCUCGUUCUACCCGAAGAGGUGAAGGAAAUUAAGCAGAUUUGUUGCGGACAAGAUCACAGUCUACUUCUAAGUACAGAUGGCGUCGUAUUUUCCACCGGAUUGGGAUCAGACGGGCAAACGGGUCUGGGUCACUUAGGUUUAACAGAUCGGUUCACCCCCGUAACUGGAGCCUUGCGGGAUCUGUUUGUUGAACAAAUUGCCUCGCGUGGGGACACCGUCUUGGCACUGACCCGAUGCGGUCGCCUUUUUGCUUGGGGUAACAACGAAUACGGCCAGAUUUGGCCUAUCGGUGACAAUCUACAGGUAUCCGUGCCGGUAGAGUUGCCUUUGGACAAUUGUGUGAUCCCCGCUGAAGCUGGAGGACAGUAUUCCUCGGUCCGGAUCGGUCGUCCUUUGUCAAUCGCGUGUGCUGGAUCUAUGUGCUCACUUGUCGACGAGGACGGUCAUAUAUUCGUUUGGGGCUUUGGUUGCAUUGGCCUUGGUCCCAAAGUGAACUUCGCUUCACUUCCAACACUAAUCCCUCCAGGGUUGUUUCAUAUCGCCCCACCGGGAAGCACACAUCGUCUAGUAUCAGUAACUAGUGGUCUACAUCAUUUCGUCGCACGCAACACAGACGGUAUGCUUUGGGCAUGGGGAGCGCCUCGAGGUGGUCUACACUGUCUCGGUUUGGGCAGUGGGUUGGCUGCAAAUGUUGAUCGACAAACCUAUCCAAUGCCAUUGUCCAUUCCAGCCCGAGUGACCGAUGUGGCCUGUGGAGUAGACCAUACAGUUGUCCUCGCACGAUCGCUGGUAUGA